AUGCUUGUUGAUGAUAUCAAGACGCCUCCUCACCCUCCAAUGUCCAUGCUGGAUCAACGAAGAAAGUCAUCUCCUGAAUGCUUCUUUCGAUUAAAAACAGCUUCUUCGUCCAAUCUAUUUCCAACUCAAAAAGAAUCGAAUGCAACGAGUUGGGUGACAGCUGGACAGCAAUCCUUCAACAAGGUGCUUCAUAGAAACAAUUCAUCCAUAUCCACGUCAUCCAGCUCCUCUACAUCAUCCUCUACAGCAUCAUCCUCGAGUGUUGAUUUACCUGUACAUAGUAAAAACAAAAAUGUAAUUAAAACCUCCUCAGCCUUAUCAUCAAUAGCAUUACCGCCAGCGCCCACAAUGACAAAAGAGACAUCAGCACCACUGAUCACUCUGACUCCUCUUUCAGAAAUGCCAACGGCAAGGUUUCUCCGUUAUUUUUCAGAGGAUCCCAAUCAACACUCGCCACCCUUUUCUUCUAUUUCUUCCUCCAUUUCUUCCUAUUUCUCUUCUUCUUCUUACGCCAACUCCAUCACACUUCCAGCUGCUCCAGUUUUCGGCGGUUCUUCCUUUUCAAGCAUCAAAAAGAAGAAAAGAUCACUACUUAGAGCUUCAAUUGCUAGCUCCUGUUCCGAUUUGUUUCAAACCCCUGAGAGCAACACUGAUACAUCUAACAGCAUGAUGAUGGUAGCAUCCAGUCAUAGUUCCAACGAUCUAUCCAGCAUCAACAAGGCAAAUAACCGCAAAAGCACAUCUUCUGAUAUUGAGCUGGCAACUGAAAUUGGCCAGGGCUUGCUCAGCGAAGUGCGACGCAUGCAGAGCAUCCUUCAAGAAAGACAAGAAACAUUAAUACAUCUGGAGCAUGAAAGGACAGAUAAUCAACAGCGCAUUGCAGACCUGGUCAAGCAGCUUCGCUUCAAGAGCGAAACGGAAGAACGACUCAAAGAAGACAUUUGGAACCUCGAGCUCACCAAGCAAGAUUUGUCACAUCAAAUACGUCAAUUAUCUGCCAGCAUCCACAAAACACACAUGGAACAAGUGCGACGAGAGCGUCAGAAGAACUUGGCGCUUCAGGAGCUAGAGUUGCUGAAAGCAGCACAGCUAAAAUGGCAGGAGAAAAUGACAAAAACUCAAAACGACAACGAGGCUAAACUGGCUACACUCCACAAAUCUCUCUUAAAAUUGAAAAGGGAGAAGGAGGCCACUUCAUUGCAACCGGAACAACUGCAGCGACAGACAGAUGCGCAUCUCACCAAAGAGGAUGCCACCAUGAACCUGCAUUGCAAGUCUUCAGAGAAGGAGCUCCAGGCGUUGCAAGCAUCACUAGCUGAAGCGCAUCAUGUCAUGGAAUCAUUGCAACUCGAUUUGGAGAAUGAAAAGCAAAAGAAAUCAGAGGUGGAAGCUUUAUUGAGAGAAUCUCAGGAGACGAUUGAACAGAUGCAGCAACAAAAAGCAAAUAUCAAUGCUGAUGCUGCAGAACAGUGGUGUCAACAAGAUAGUGCUGCUUCCGUACAUACAAAUGCUUCCCCUGUGUCUGCUGUUACGUCAUUGGAAGAAGAGUUGUUGAGUGUAGAGAGGAGACAAACAGAAACAGAAGAAUUGCAGCGAUAUGGGUCCAUGCUGAUGAACAACCAUGAGUCCUACUAUCAUUCAGAAACACCACAGGAGCAAGAUACACCGGUGCACCCGCUGACUAUACCCAACCAUCUCGGCCACAUGGAAGGCUUUGAAAACGUGCUGCCGUUUGUUAUGCAUACCAUGAUUGGCGAAUGGCUACUGAAAUACACACGGUUCAAGGUGAAAAGCGGCAUCUCUGAUAAUGCACAUAAGCGUUUCUUUUGGCUUCAUCCCUACACAAGGACACUGUACUGGAGUCAACAAGAACCAGGUGUUCAAGGUGGAGAGUACAAGGCAAAGAGUGCAUCUAUUGAGUCUUUUUAUGUUGAACAGCAGCAAAACGAACAAAUCCCAUUGAUUGUUGUCAAAUCGCACGCAAGAGAUAUCAAGCUACAAUGCACAAGUAGGGAAUCACAUGAGAAAUGGGUCCAGUCGUUGAACUGCUUGUUCAGAGAAGAGCAGCAAGAUAAGCCAGUGAGAAACAAAAGACUUUCUCUGCUGCUGGAGGCGGCCCCACCAGCUACCAUCAGGCAUAAGAAAUCAUGGAGAAUGUCAGUUGCCAAUAUUGAAGAGCAUCAACCACAGACACAACCUGAGCAAAGAAAACAAAGGCCACAUUCUAUGAUUAGAUUUGCUUCAUUGAGAAUAAAAAAAGUAGUUUAA